GAUAUUUUAAUGUUAAACGGAGGUGGUUAUUGCUUCAAGUUGAUCUCUGUGAUGAUGCCAUGUAUUGAGUAGAAAUCUGGGUGGUUGCUGUUGUUACUAGUGCCCCAUAACCAUAAUGGCAUCAGGGAAAAUGAGAUAGAUAUAUCUAUCUAUCUCAUCUAUCUCUGUCCCUGUGGAAAAAUAUUAUAUUAUAAAUUAAAAAAAUUAUAAAAUGGAUAAGUCAAAGGAGGAUGGUGAUCAGGAGAAUCCAGUCCCUGUCAAACGGGUCAGGAUUUUGGUGGAUAUGCCCGUGUCAAAAGCCCCAUUUAACUUAAUGACUUGCAAUUCUCAAGGAGAGCAUGUUGAAUUGAACGUGAUACAAAUUGAAGACGAACCUCCGUCAACCUCGUCCACAGUGAAAGUGGAUUCAGUCCUUAAAGCUGUGCUACAGGGGAUGAUUGACAAUAGUGGAUAUAAGGGGACCAUGGAGUCUUUCUGGGAAUCAGAUGAGAGGAAGAAAUUGAGUGAUAAGUGGGCUAGUCACGUCAAGAAAUCCAAGACUGACACGGAAAAGUACACGCCCCUCGAAGUAUUUUAUGAUAAGGACAAGAUUGCGAUGCAAUUGGUUAAUGGGUUGCUACAAGUUGUGAAAAUGCAGAAAGUUGGUGAUGAAUGGAAAUUCAACAAGUGGUCGCAUCGUCAGCAAAAAUGUAGCGUUUGUGCUUGUAUUGCAAUGUGUGGGGUUGGGAAGUUCUGUGAUACUCAUGCCCCCAGAGAAGUUAUUUUACUCCAAGAUAUGCGAGCUACUCCCCCUGUGCUGGCCUUGUUAAUCCCUGACCCCACCACUCACCCCUACACUGAGAGUGAGAUACGAACAAAACUACAUGAAUGUGGGGUUAAAAAAUUGAGGAAAGGAAAAGAAAUUGAGGGGGGGUCGGAAUUACGGAAUCAAAGUAUCCAGCUCUAUGAAUAUGUUGUAACAAAGCGAAACAGUAGAGAGGAGACUUUCUUUCGAAUUAUACGAAGCUGGCCUUUUCAGAAUGACAACAACAAAGUCCGUGCUUCUGUGUAUUUGGCUGUGUCAUUGAUGGUAAUGAUAAAAGGAGGUGCAACUCUGCUGAAUUCUAGGAUUCUCUUCCGGGGUGCAGAUUUGACGUGGGUAAAGUCUUUUCUAAAUCAAAACGGGGUGCUCUUCGAAAAGGGAGAUCAAUUUCAAGAGUCUGUCAGCUCCAUUCCACCAGGUGUUUCCGGAGAAAUCAAUCGUUGUCUGCCUUAUGUCUACCUCGGAAGAAAUGAUAAAGGUCAAUUGUACAUAGGGGUUCAAAAUUGUAUAAAAAUACGAAUUUCUGGAGCAAAAUCUCCAUACCAUGGUCUUUGGAAGGCUGGAACGGGGAUGGAUUCAUUCAUAGAGGAUGAAGACAUGGUCAUUUUCCAAAGCCCUAUCCCUAACUUGUUGCUAAAUGUAACUUCCCAGACUAAACGUAACAAAUUCAGCCCAGAACAAGAAACGGAAUUUUUUAAAAUGGAGGAGGCUGCCAACAAAUAUGAAACCCUUGCUCACUCAGCUUUGAAGAUUGGAGAGAUGGUCGCUCAGACCUACAUGGGGGCCUUAGUGAAGGGAAUUCCAAAGCAGAUGAAUCAUUUUGAGGGUGUUAUUAAUGUUGUUGAUCUCAUGUCUACAUACUCUUUCUUGUUUGAGUCAAAUCUAAUCAUGAGUGAUGUUAGUCAAUUAGAGAUAGGUGGUGAUGGAAAAGUUGUUAUUAAUUUCGUUGUUUAGUUAUUUUUACGUUUCCCCUGAACGUGGAAGAAAUUCAUGAACUAUUUCCAUUAUAAAUAAAAACGGUUUCUUAAGAAUAUAAAAAA